CUGGGCUUGUUUACACGUAGUUCAGGCGGACACAAGUGCCUACAAUUUUUUUUUUAAUUAUUUUUCGAAGCAGACAUCACUGAGAUAACAUAGCAAGGACGACAGGACACUACAACUCGUGCAGUUAUUGGGAGGAACAUCCCCUUGGUGUAGAAGAGUCCGCAGUCAUGGCAGGCGAUGGGUUGCUCUCACUCCGGUGGAACAAUCAUCGUACCUCAUUUCUGCAGGUUUUAUCCUCACUGAGGGACAAGAAAACCUACAGUGAUGUUACUAUUGCUUGUGCUGGCAAGUUUUACAGUGUUCAUAAGUUUGUCCUCUCUACGUGUAGUGAUUACUUUGUUGAUAUAAUGGAGAAGACACCAUGCAAGCACCCAAUCAUUGUCCUCAAAGACAUACGUCAUCAAGACUUAGAGGCAUUGUUAAAUUAUAUGUAUCUAGGUGAGGUAAAUGUGCUCCAGAAUGAGUUAGCAGGUCUAAUUAAAGCAGCAGAGUGCUUAAGAAUCAAAGGUUUAGCUGUGCCAGAUGAGUCCCCACCCCUUCAUCCUAGUGAGACCAUACACAGUCCUGUCAAGAACUGUGAAGAAGGAAGCCCACAGACAAAGAGAAGACAUGAAGAAGAGUCCACAAACAGUAAUUCAAGUCCACCCAGGAAAAGAAGCAAUUCACGACUGCAUACUGAAGGAAUUGUAGAAUCUACUUUAACUGAAGACCAUUCUGAGGCGAGUGAAAAUAAGAUGAGGGAGAAUGUAUUACCAAGUGUCCAGCAAGCUCAAGAACAGCAAUCAAAUAAUGCAAAUGAACAUCCUGGUGAAAGUUCUCAACCCAUCCCUAGUGAUGAGAGGCAGAACAAGCAUGCUGAAGUGGAAAAUCCAGUAAUAAAGGUAGAGGAAGAAGAUGUGAAAUAUGAAGAUGAAGAUGGUAUGCAACUACCCGACACCUGCAAUGCUCUAGAAGUUCAAAUGACCGAGUCUGAUGGGUCAUCACAAGGCACAGCAAGAAACAGUGAAUCUGUACUAAAGUAUGAGGCCUCCCUCUCUGGUAGUGCUGGGGGAGCUCCUCUUCUCUCGCCUGUUACUCAGUAUUCUACUCAUCCACAGUCAUUUGAGGAAAUAGUCUCGCAGGCAUUACCAGGGCCUUCAGGAAUUCAAGGGGAUGGUCAGAGUUGGGACAGCAGCCGAAGAGAAGGAGAGAUGACUUCCUUUCAUCUUCAAGGCUUUUCACAACAAGAUCGCCUCAACCCCCAUCAUCAUAGUCUCCAGCAAGUGGAUUUGAUCGAAGACACAGUGCAUAGAGUGAGAGGAUCUGUUUGUUCUGAGGGAGGUGUACCAAGAGGCUCAUGCACUCUAGGUCAGUAUGGGAUGGAAAUUCCUCAGCUGGCCGACAGUCGCAUGGACCUUGAAAUUCGGCAAGCCAAGGAGUGGAGGUGUUUGUUCCCUAAAUGUGGGUAUGUCACCGAUCGUGAAUCGUGGCUGAGACAGCAUUUUCGUAAGCACACUGGUGAGAAGCCUUUUCCAUGUCCCUAUUGUUCAUUUCGCUCGGCUCAAAAGGGAAAUCUCAAUGUUCACGUGAAGAGAGUGCACUGUGAACUUCCUGGCAAUGAGUGUGUAGUAAUCAAGCCAGACUAUCUCAAUAUCUCUUGAAAACAACAAAUAUUUUUAGAUAAAUGCUGUAGUCACAAAAACUAUUAAUGAAGGAAAACACAGAAUUCUUAAAAGAGUGCUGGUGAUCUAUUAUAGCAAGACCCUUGAACACUAAUUGAUUUAGUACAAUGUGGCAAGUGCUCAUUAGAAAAUGGUUGAUUAUAAACCAGAUUUUCUUUCACUUCAGUGUAUUUAUUGUAGAGAACAUUUCUUAAUAUAUUUAAACUGUUUAUGUGCGUGUGCAUGCAUGUGUACAUAUGUACUCAUCUGUGUGUGGUUGCAGGGGUCGAGUCAGUGUAUGUGUGUGCGUUAAAUUGUGCAAAUAUGUAGCAUUUUCAUGCAGAUUGUUUGUACUUAUUGUGUAGUGAAUACCUGUACAUACAUUUAUUUGUGGAUAGUGUGCGAGUGUUACUACUCUGACUUGCAUAACUCAUAACUGUGCUUGUGUAAAUAAAAUAUGUAAUGUUACAUUUUGUUGCUGCUGUAGUUAUAAGGAAUUUCAAUUAUUCUCAAAUAAAAUAGAUUUAGAACCUUUCUAUCUUUCUUUUGUAAAUUUGUUAACGUGUCGUGAGCAGCAUGUCACUUUGUCAGUAAUACUGGGGACUCGUAUUCCAUCACAUAUUAGUUUAGCUACUUAUUUCUUGAAGCAUCAAAAUAAAUAAGGAAAAUAAAUGAUUUUUUUUUUUUUUGUAUUUAUUACAAACACUUUUUAGUGAAAAACCUGCUAAUAAACCAAGUGACUUAAAUAUAUUUUAUGCUGUACUAUAUAAAAAAUUAUGGUACUUGUGUUGCAGUAAUGAACCAUGAAAUGUGUCCAGUUAACUGUAUUUGUGAUGUUAUAACAAAUAAGUGUUAAUUAGGGAGAAGUGUAUUACAAUAGUACCUAACUGUAGGUAAUCAGUUUGUUUUCUUGAGUCAUUUCUAAAAAACAAGUUAGAUACACCAUCUGAGUUCCCAUAACAGCUACAGAAUACACGUUGCUCUUUGGUGGCAAAAGGAUAUUAGAAAAAAAAUUCACCUAGUGAAUACUGGAAUGAGAUGCAAGAGGAGGUAGGAAAUGUUGCAACCACAAGAAAUUGUAAUUGGUUUAUGAUCUAUUAAACACUGAAAAUGUGACACCACAAGCAUAGCUCUGCUCCUGAAGCUACAAAUAAGUAUUAAUUUAAAAAAAGUAGUUAUGUAAUGUAGCUGGUAACAGUGCUACAAGUUCUCUCUUACACUUCCUAGUGACAAAGUUGGUAGAAUUACCGACAAUAUGUAAAGUAAAAGGACACAAGUGCAACUAAUGUGACAUUUUUAUUGUGGCAACGUUUCGCUCUCCAGGAGCUUUGUCAAGCCGUUACAAACAGUACAUGGACACAGAGGGUAUAUAUAGGCUCAGAGUGAGGUGCAAUACUAGUGGUAGUAGUAGUGAUAUAAGUUGUUGUUGUAGUAAUACUAAUACAAUAUGUUAGAACAAUUAACUCGCACAUGAGUAAAAGGAUAUAAAAGCUAUUACUUGGGUAACAUUAAAAAUAGGUUAGACAAAUAUUUGGAGGCUGGAUAGAGAAGGCCUGUUUCAGUGUUCAUUUUCUGUAACGUGCUUUGUGUAGUAAACCCUGCCAUCAUAUAGUCGCUCCUGUUAAUACUACACAAAGCACAUUACAGAGAAUGAACACUGAAACAGGCUGCCUCUAUCCCACCUCCAAAUAUUUGUCUAAUCUAUUUUUAUGUUACCCAAGUAAUAGCUUUUAUAUCCGUUUACUCAUGUGUGAGUUAAUUGUUCUAACCUAUUGUAUUACUACUACUACUACUACUACUACUACUACUACCACCACUACCACUAGUAUUGCACCUCACUCUGAGCCUAUAUAUACCCUGUGUCCAUGUACAGUUUGUAAUGGCUUGACAAAACUCCUGGAGAGCGAAACGUUGCCACAAUAAAAAUGUCACAUUAGUUGCACUUGUGUCCUUUUACUUUACUUUCUAGUGAGUUAUUUAUUCUGUCCCAAAACUAAUUCUAGUUAGGAAUUCAUCAAAUAAUGUAAUGCCACAAGGAAUUCAUCAGAUAAUGUAAUGCCACAAGGCAACUCCCGGGUCCUGUAAGCUAAAGUUGCAUGGUCCUUGACCGGCACAUGCUGCUCUUUCACUUGCUUUGUGCCAGUGGUGUUCACACAAACAUUCAUGCUGCUAGAUAAUAAAAAUCCAUUGAUAGCUAUAUGUUAUUAAUGCAGUUUAAAUGUAAUGCCUCAUUUUUCUGUCGGUUCUGCACCUCCAUUACAUUUUGUGCAUUAGGAGAAACUGGUGGUUUAGUCAUGCCACUGAAUGCUAUGUGUUUCAUACCUCAGAGACUUAUGCUCAAACUUCCUGCACAUGUUCUCUUGCUGCAUGGGUUGUGAGUGUACAGUGAGAGCAGUUACUAUGCCACAGUCACCUGUAUAGAUUUCUACAGCAAAUGAAAACACAGAUUCCACGUACAUAAACAUACUUAGCCCUAGUGGUGGCUCAUAAAACCAGUAAUACCUAUGCUGUCAUACCACAUCAAACUUCUAUUUUUAAUCAUUUUUUUAUCUCGUUUCAACAAAAUAUUUAAAAUUCGCUUAUAAAUACAUUGAAAACAUACAACAGAUUUUUCCUGUAAUAUAUUUGUCAGUUGCAAAUUAUUUUAGCGUAAGGCUGAUGAAGUCAUACGUCUGGCAGUGAGCAUCUGGGGGGACUGCAGCUCUGCAGCUCCUAUGGACAAGCUGCCACUGCUUAGCCCUUAUGUUUGAUAAACCUGCAGUGGGGGUUUGUGUAUUUCGUUUGAUUACCAGGGGUGAGUGUUUUUAUUCGGGGCUUCUUAAACCUUUUUGAGGGUUGUACAAAUAUAGGUUUAGUCAUCAUAGCAUGUUAGUUGCAACUUAUUGCCCUUAUGCAAAAGGCAGUGAUAAGCAGGUUUCUGUAAAUGAUUGGUACUGUAUACCUAUUCAUUUUCUGACCCAUACUGGAGGAAACGAGCAGACGAAGCCUUGGCAGGGUAAGGUGACUUUCUUUACAUUGCUCAUGAGGAAAACCAAUCUCCAGCUUGUGUCUGUCACUGUGCUAAUAUGGACAGCCAGGUUUCCUCCAGGUGACAGGUCCCUGCUGCUCUCGAACUGCCUGGUGGGCAUACAGCAUUUAUAUUAGACAUCUGACAUAAACUGCUCACUUGUAUGAAUAGUACGGUACUCAACGUGAUACGCUACCUUUAUAUUUGAUUUGAGUCAGUGAGGGUAAGUGUACAGGGCUAAGAACUGGCAUUCACUGAUUGAUGAGAAGUUAAUAGUCGAGAUAGAAAACAGGGAGAGGCACUUUAGGAGCUAUCUAAUCCUUUUCAGGAAAGAGAUGUAUGAACCAAUGAAAUAGGUAUGCAGGGGAAUGACUUAUUAAGUAAAAAGUGAUCUAACAGGCUAAUGCUGGUGUUAAUAAAGAUAAUGUCAACAGGUUGCUAUUCUUGUUAGUGGUACAUGGAACCCAAACACAAAAUAAGUUUUAAGUUAAAAGAUUCAUUCAGGAGUGUUCAUAUAUUUGAACAAAACCAACAUAGAUACCAGUAGAUGGUAUUAGAGGGGUAUAGCACACCCAUUUUUCUUGGUAUUUCAUGUCUUGGGGCCCAUUAAGAGAGAUAGCAAUGACAGUGACAUUGAAAGUGCAUGUAGAAAGAAUUCUAGUUGCAGUAUACAUCAACAGCAACAAUGCAGAAAGGUUUCAGCAUAUUGCAACAGCACCCAGCAUGUACAUUGGCUAAGAUGGUGACUCUCUCACUAUUUAAUGGUAGGGUAUAAAAAAAAUUAUCAAUUAAGUGUAAUAAGUUCAGAAUGUCUUUUCUGAAGUUUGUAGCUGCCAGGUUUUCUCCCUUUAGGAGCACUAAGGAACUAGAGUAUCAAUAGCAAAGUUGCAACACUGAUUCUCUGACCCUGCAUAAUGCUCGUGGUGGUCUUGUUUUUAGUGUGUGGUAGUAUUAUAAACACUUUAGGAUAUUUACUCCUAAUAUGACAUGUAGAUGCCUUUCAUAUGGAUACAAACAACCCUUAAAAAAUUACUCUAUCUGAAUAUUAAAAUGUUGGUUUCCUUACUGUUUUAUGAGUGGUUAUUUCGUCUUAAUUUCUCAUAUCUGGCAUCACAGAUUUUGUAUUAAAAACCACAUUUGUCUCAGUGCUGCAGUUUGCACUGUUUUAAUUUGUUGUUUUUUGCUUCAAUACAAUUUUUUAAUUUUUUUUUUUUUUUUUUUAACAAGUCGGCCGUCUCCCACCGAGGCAGGGUGACCCAAAAAAGAAAGAAAAUACAUUCAUCAUCAUUCAACACUUUCACCACACUCACACAUUAUCACUGCUUUCGCAGAGGUGCUCAGAAUACAACAGUUUAGAAGCAUAUACAUAUAAAGAUACACAACAUAUCCCUCCAAACUGCCAAUAUCCCAAACCCCUCCUUUAAAGUGCAGGCAUUGUACUUCCCAUUUCCAGGACUCAAGUCCGACUAUAUGAAAUUUUUGCUUUAUCCCAUAUAAUUAGCAGUAACUUUGAUUUUUUUAAUAAUUUCGUCAUGUGUGAAAGUCUGCAUAAAAUAUAUGUUAAUUCCUUUAGUUUUUUUUUUUUUCUUUGUUUAAUUUCAAAUAAAGUUGAAUAUUCAAAUAUUACCUUUGACUUAGGUAAAGUUGGAUCAUAGUUUCAUUGAGUUCCAUUAUCUCAUUUCUCUCUUCCUUUGCUGCCUUGUAUGUAAGUUCUUGCAGAGAGCAAGUGUGAGGCAUGGACCAUUAUCAAGUUGUUGUUUGAUAAUAGUUCAAGAAGGACCGAAAUGUUGUCUGAAGUUUCUGAUCCAGGUGUGGGUUAUUUGUGAAUUGUUCCAGCCAUAUUGUUGUGACUUUUAUUCUUCUUUGUCAUCGAGUCCAUAUCAUUUUCUGUAAAAUAGUUGUAAUGUACAUUGUAAUGACAGUUGUCUGCAGAUUGGGAACACUAGGAAGAUUAACCCUUUGAGGGUCCGUGCUGUAGAUCUACGGCUUUACGUUGAGGGUCCAAACCGUAGAUCAACGCCAUGAGCUCGGCUCACUCUGAUAAGCUGUGAGCAGUAAAUUUGGGCCUAGAUUGAGAGAAUACAUCUAUGUGGUAUGUGUGCACCACAUAAAACAAAUCCUGCAGCACACAGUGCAUAAUGAGAGAAAAAAAACUGAGACCGUAAUUUUCGAUUAAAACAGCAACUUUGCCGUGUUUUUUCAUAUGUUUUUUAUAGUUGUAUUUGCGAUUUCUUUGUCUCAUUUGAUAGAAUGGAAGAUAUAUUAUAGAAAUAGAGAUGAUAUUGAUUGGUUUUAGUAUUGAAAAUGGCUUGAACUGAGCUCAAAGUAGUGGAAAUUUUAUAUUUUUGCCAAUGUUCGAGAGUAAACAGAUGACCUCACACGUCUAAUACACGCCAGCUGGUGGGUCUAAUAUACAUUCACAAAUGUGCUGAUAUUAUUUAUACAAUUAUUACAAUAUUGCAUGACAGUAAAUCUUCUAUUUUUUGGUUUGAAUAAAAAUUCAUUAUGUGAAUUAAAAAUCAAAAUGGAAUUCAUUUGUAAAGCCUGAAAACAUAACUGAUGAACAGAGGAAAUGUUAGUUUAGUGCCAGGAAUACCUGCAUUGUUUAUUCUGGACCCUAUUUUGAAAUUGGAAUAUUUUGAACUUUGCACUAAAUUGGCCAAAUUACCAAUUUCCAAUCACAUUAUUUUGUAGUUAUCUGACUAGAGCAGCUAGAGCUAGAGCAAUGGCUUGUCCCAGUUUGAUUCCCCACACUCUUUUGAAGACUUACAAUUCUUUAUUACAAUUUUCCGGAUUAUCGGUAUGAAGUUAUUUAAACGGAAUUGUCCAGUGAAGACAAGUUACUUCAUUAACUACUAAGUAGUGGAAGAAGACUAUUUUCUUAAUAGUCAUAACUUUAUAUAUAUAUAUAUAUAUAUAUAUAUAUAUAUAUAUAUAUAUAUAUAUCUUCUUCCAGAUCUUGUCAGUAUCACCAUACCUUGUACAGUGUCUGCAAAAAAAAUAGUUGAACCAAAUGCUAGUGAAAGUGAUGAAUUUCAAUGUAUCAUUGUUUUCCUUUCCACUAGACAGCCAAUGGAGAAUGUUACAGAGGCUGAUCAUAUUUCAGGCAGCUCAUACAUUUACUAACAGUGACUUCCACAUAGCUCUCAUCUUUAGUUACAUCAUAGGAGUUGCUGUAUGAUGCUGCAUUUUCAUGCACUCUUGGCCCUCAUUUUGAACUUUUCUGUUAGAUUGUUUGACAACUUAUAUUUUGGUUACCAGAGAUUGUAAUGGAGCCCUAUAAACUUAGUAUAGAAGAGAGGCUUCUCUUUUGGUCCUGGCAAAUCAAAGAAAAUUUGGAUCACAAUGGAUAGUGAUCACAAUAUUUCAAGAAUCACUGAUAAUCAUAGGCCUUUAAGAAUUAAACAAGUAAUUAAAAACUAAAGGGUAAUCACCCAAGAUUAAGUUAAAAAAAAAUGAGGUAAUUUUUCAGUUUCAUUUCUCCUUUGUUAAUAUUUUUAAUGAAAAAUGUUAAUAUAAUGAUGUUUUCUUUUGUGGGCAUUGUUCAACAUAAUUGUAGGAACAAAUGAUACUGUACAUUAUAUGCACAGUAGAUGAACAGAUUAGUAAAAUUUCUUUCUGGAAUAUGAAAUUAGCAUUAUGCUUACUAACUUGUAUCAUUUGUUGGAGCACUAUUGUUAAUAAGUUCUUAAGAGUUAGCAUUAAAUUUUAUUUGUAUUGUUGUUUUAUAUGCUACUAGAACAGGCAAGUUUCGUUGAAUUUUUUGUAUGUACGUAGACGUAAAUCUGAGAGGGUCCGAGAAUAUUUUUAACGUACACUAUUGCUGCAUACAAAAACCUAGUCACUUCAUUACUAGUCAUGUACUGUACUAGCAUAUUGAGGCAAAAGUUUCUAUGAGUGCUUUUGAUCUUGUAGUGGUGUUAAUCAUGUACUGAGUUGAGAACUCCUGAAAAGAGAUGAGCACAUGUACACUUCUAGAGUGUUUGCACAUUUUAUAGAUACAUAGAAAGAUGUACAUAUUUAGUUUAAUUAUUAGCAUAGAGGUUUAAAAAAUAGCAUAAGGGAAAAUCAAAUUGUUGACAUCAGUUCAAGGCAAGAAUACACUUUAAUAUGUAAAUAUAGAAAAUACAAUAUGUAAUUUCAAGGGUACUCUUGAUUUCAUAUACUAUAUGUAUCCCAAGAAAUGUAAUUCUGAAUUACAAAAACAUGAUUUGACUUUGCCUAAUUAGUCUUUGAGAAGUAUAUCAUGUUAAUGUUCUUCACAGUGCAUUGUCCUAUGUAAAUAUAUAUAUAUUGUAUUGUGUCAUUGUUUGUAUGGUGCAUUUUGCUGUACAGUAUAGUGUAUUAUAUCAUUGGUCUUUGCAGUACAUGCUGCUAUAUAUUGUAUUAAGAAACAUUAGAAGAAUCACAUUUUAUUUGUUCCUCCAAACAGUUUUUUAAUGUGCAUUUGAUGUAUUUUUUUCCAUUGUAUGACAGCCUUUUGUUCUUAUACAGAAGCUGGUGCUCCAUUGUUAAUCCUGGAACCACUGGGAUUUACAGCAUAAUCUGUUUUGAUGAUUAAGAUACAUUAAUGAUACACAGUUGGGUAUCUUUAUUGUUGAAACUUUUUGCCUACACAGUAAGCUUCUUCAGUUAGAUACAGUGACAGCAGGUGUAGUAGUGAAAUGAAGGUGAUGUAAUCAGUCCAUCACCUUCAAGAAAAAGUAUUUGAGGUGGUCAGUCCCUCAGCCUGGAGAAGUUCAUCUCCAUGGUCUGUAACAAUAUGAAGCUGAAGUUUUAUACGGUUCCAGACCAUGGAGCUGAACCUUCCUCAGGUUGAGGAACUGACCACCUCUAAUGCUUUUCCUUCAAGGUCGACAGACUGAUUACAUCACCUUCAUUUCACUAUUACACCUGGUGUCUCUGUAUCUGAAGAAGCCUACUUACUGUGCAGGUAAAACAUUUCAAUAAUAAAGAUACCCAAAUGUUGACCUGUCUUAAUCAUCAACUUGUCGAUAUUUUGUACCAUUAGCAACAUAGACUAUUUUGCUUCAUUGUCUAGUGAGGUUAUAUUGUAAAAAUGUCUGUUUUCAAAGUGCAAGGUUGCUCAAAAUUCUUAAGUUAAACUUUACUAGCAUAGAAUUGUGUUUGUUAUUAAUAAUAAACUUGUAUUG